GUUGAGGCCAUUUUACAAAGCAAGUUGAUCUGCAUAUUCAUGAAGUAGGCGGUCCUCAUAGAAGGUAUAUAAGGGGAAGCGCGCGCAAACCGCCCCGUAGUUCGCGUUGGGACUUCGAGGGCUGUACUUUGAGUUGUACCGUCGCUAAACUACACCGAAAAGAAAUGGCAUCCGAUGAGGGAAAAUUAUUUGUUGGUGGACUCAGUUUUGACACCAAUGAACAAUCACUCGAGCAAGUUUUUUCUAAAUACGGACAGAUAUCUGAAGUUGUUGUUGUAAAAGACAGAGAAACCCAGAGAUCCAGAGGGUUUGGCUUUGUAACUUUUGAGAACAUUGAUGAUGCAAAAGAUGCGAUGAUGGCCAUGAAUGGAAAGUCUGUUGAUGGCCGCCAGAUCAGAGUUGAUCAAGCAGGCAAGUCCUCUGAUAAUCGGUCUCGUGGAUAUAGAGGGGGAUCAGCUGGAGGCAGAGGCUUUUUCCGUGGAGGCCGAGGUAGAGGUCGUGGAUUCUCCAGAGGUACUGGAGACAGAGGUUAUGGGGGCAGCAGAUUUGAAUCUAGAAGUGGGGGAUACAGUGGAUCCAGAGACUAUUAUGGAAGCAGCAGAAGUCAAGGAAGUUAUGGAGACAGGCCUUCAGGAGGAUCCUAUAGAGACAGUUAUGACAGUUACGGUAAGUGUGAAAUCGUGAGGGAAGGCGGAUGUGCUGACAUGGGAAUGUAUGGAGCCACUCUUGAUCUUGCAGUGACCACCUUGGAAAUACUUUAAGGUUUGCUUGGAGCUUUUGCUGGCAGCCUAUCUCUGCCUGUGAGAGGCGCCACUCCUUUGGCAGGCCCUAAGCACUUGUGCCACGGAAAAGCAAAAAACUUCAUUAAUGCAUGUGUAGCUCUAGUUGGAUCCAAAGGCAAAGCAUCCAUACCUAGUUUUCUGAAGCUGAAAAGAACACCCAGAGUCCUCAAGGCCAGAAGGAAAAAGAAUACAAAAUGGGUGGGACAAGAGAUAGCAAGCUAGUGUUUGAAGUGCUUGGCAAACAAGUAGGGGAGGAAAAAUUGCUGGAACUUGUCUGUGCUUCAGUGCCUUUACAACUCUGCCUGCUUCUUGUCCUCAGCUACACACAACGAAUAAAAAACCUUCCUGGCUCAAGAUCGUCCUUCCAUUGGCUGUAUUUAUAAAGAUUUUUGGAGCUUCGCUGAAAUCGUUCUUGUGUAGUCAUCUCCUUUGUAUUCUUACUUUUGUAGUAAACUCGCAAUUCUGAUCUUGUCAAUAACACAGCCUUGACAGCUUCUAAUAUGUAAUGGUCUGUUCAGACUCAAAGAAAGCGCUGGGUUUUUCUCGAGUGUUUUAAUUUUUUUUUAAAACACUUAAGAUUUUAGUUCAUUUGUGAGCAAAGGCGUGUAUAUGUGUUUUAGGGGUUUUUUAUGUUUUGUUUUUUUUUAAAAAAAAAAAAAGACCGGAAGGUUUGGGGCCCCGUAUUUGUUUUUCUUUUGAGCAAGAAAGGACCUUAAUUGUUCAGUAGAAGCUGAGCAAGCUGUGAACUUUUUUUUUUGUUAAGUGCAUCGUUUUGUUAAAAAAUUUAAUCAACCUUUAGUGUAUCGAGGUACUGUAGCCUGGGUAUGAAUUUUAAAAGGCAGCCUACCUUGAUAUAUCUAAAGAAAUACUUUUGCUUGUAUGUUCAGCCUGCAUUAAGAGACUUUAACUUGUAUGCCAUAAAAUUUAACCCAGAGAGAGACUGCAGAUUUUACCACCCAAAGGGUUCAUGGAAAAAAUGUUUGUUUCUAUUGUCCUUUUUUUACUGAAAGAAAGUAUGCCUAAUUCAAUUGUUGUAACUUUGAAGUGGUGAAAAAGGAUUUCUUGUACAGUUUACUUUGGCUUCACGAAGCCUAUUAAAAGUCCAUCUGAAAAAAAAAAUUGCUUGAAAUCUUACAUCUUGCUGCACAACACGAGUCUGGAUGAACGUGAAACUGUACAAUUAGAUAGGAACGAAAGUAGUAAGUGAAAGGCUAUAACUGAGGGAGAGAACCAGGCCCCAGAUUUCUUAGAAACAAAAACGUAAACAAUGCUGUAAUUUAUCAGGCCUCAUGACAUCAAUCAAGCAGUUUGAGAAUGAUUGAAAACAAAGGUGUACUGGAAGGACAUCACAAAUAAUUUUGCUCCUAAAGCAAUCACUUAGCUUUGGCUGGAAUUGCUCCAAACUUUGAAGGAAAUUAAUUUCACUCAUUGUUAUUUAAUAUGCUGUUAGCAAAGUGUUAGGUUAAAUAAGACCGAUAGCUCCAUACUAACUAAAACAAACUAGCCUAUUAACUGAGAACCAGCCAAACAUUUAGCUAGCCCAUAAUGGAGUCUCUUGUUAACUGGGUCAGCUGCCACUAGUCCAACAGUGUUCCAAGGCCAAUAAUUGUGACCUAAUUUAGCUAGCUUUGUCGUUGCCUUUUAAGUUCUAAGAAUUUUCUGCUAGCAUAUGGAAAACUGCAGUGCCUUGGCGAAAAAGAAGUGUUGUGCCUCCAACAGAGAGAACCUCUGAGACGAAAGCUGCUCUCUUGGCUAGUUCAUAUGUGGGGAUAGUCCUGUAAUUCGAGGUAACUCUUUUCCUCAUGUCCGCAUCCUUCCUCCUGUUGAGAGCUCAUAUAUAUAUAUAUAUAUAUAAUUUAUUUUUUGGAAAGUCUUAACCUAUGUGAACUGAAUUUUUUUCUGCCAACCUUGUUCAGGCUAAAGCAUUUUUUUAAAUUUUUAAAAAUUCUUCCUUACCAAUGAGUCUUUGACUUUUAUGGCAUAACUUUGUUGUGUGGGCAGAAGUGCAGCCAUCUCUUUUGCCAGUAGGAUUAGAUGAAAGAUGGGGAGCUGAUUUCUGCUCAUCUCCGAAGAUAUCUUAAGACUUAAGUCACGUAACCAUAAUGAUGUUUUGCCAUCUUGUUUGCAUUUUAACUUUUUCCCCAUAGCCCACACUGUUCCUAAGCAGCAGCCAUUAUCCACCGUGACUAACUGCUUUUUGAGGGAUCAGGUGCCAUUGGCCGGUCCGAGGGAAGCGUCUUGGAACAGUUGGCCCAAGCUGGGCUCUUGAGUUACCUUUGUGGAAACCUUUUGUAGGAAACACUGCUUGUCUUGUUGAAGGGUGGGCAGGGUAGAAAUUUUGUAGCAUUUGCUCUGGAUAACAAUAUUUUGUAACACAAGUUUGUCUUGACAGGUUGAUGGAAGAGAUGGACACUUGAGUCGGAAAUGGAUGUUUCAACGCUGAGGACCAAAGUCUUAACUGAAACCAUCAGCUUUGCACACACAGCUGCAUGUUUCUUGGAAGAGGAUUGACAAGGAUCAUGGCAAUUCUGAAGGAAAACAGGAUUGUGAAUUAGAAUGCUCUGAAUGACCCGAGAACAUGUACAAAACUUAAUAAAACAAUAGGGCUAAAGACA